AUGAAUUGUACAGACUGUGUUUCAAAUACCUUUGAGGACUGUGAAAACUUGUCGGAUAUUUUGGAAUUAUUACGUUUUCAAGCGGACAAUGAAACUUUGAUUAAACGAUUAAAUGAUUGCAACUAUUUGGAAUAUCCCAAACCGCUACAUUUAGCAAUAAGUAUACCAUAUGCUGCAGUCUUUCUUCUGUCUGUCCUGGGCAAUUUUCUCGUCAUUUUGACUUUGGUGCGGCACAAGAAAAUGAGAACGAUCACUAAUGUGUAUUUGUUAAAUUUGGCUGUCAGCGAUCUAUUAUUAGCAGUUUUCUGCAUGCCUUUUACAUUAAUACCAUUAUUAUUACAAGAUUUUAUAUUUGGUGAUGUUAUCUGUGUUCUCAUCAGAUAUUUACAAAGUGUUUCAGUAACAGUGAGUUGCUAUACUCUGGUAGCUAUUAGUUUAGAAAGAUAUUACGCCAUUUGUCAACCACUACAAUCUAGACGAUGGCAGACACUCUACCAUUCUUAUAGAGUUCUGGCUUUUAUCUGGAUUCUAGGACUUUCCAUAACGAUACCAAUAGCCGUAUUUACCAAGCGACUACAAGUUAGCACUGGUGCCUAUGCCUGCCGUGAAAUAUGGAGUGACUUUCUUACAGAAAAACUGUAUACCGGUUUCCUUGACAUUUUAUUAUUGUUGAUGCCGUUGUGCAUUAUGGGUUAUUCGUAUGGCCAAAUUGGAAGUCAGCUGUGGAAGGAUCUUACUGUAAACCUUUCCAAAAAUAUGUUUCCAGCUACAAACAUUAUUGCAACUCAUAUACUACUUUACAUAUCUCUCCCUUUUGAACGUUGGAUUAAAACAGAGAAAUCGGGGGUGAAUGGAUCCCAGACGCCUGAUGAUGGUACUGGUUGUUGUGAUAUAAUGAAUCCCCUGUUAUUGAAUGGUACUCCUCAAAACUUGCGUCAAGUCAAUUACCAGCGCGUUCUUCUCAGUAAAAAGCGCGUCAUAAAAAUGUUGUGUGUUGUUGUUUUGGAAUAUUUUAUUUGUUGGACACCAUUGUUUAUUAUCAAUACUUGGACAGUUAUGGACUAUAUGAGUAUACGUAGCAGUCUGAAUUUGCUGACGAAAGCACUCGUACUCUUACUGGCUUACAUUUCGUCAUGUGUUCAUCCAAUAACUUACUGUUUCAUGAACCGAAGUUUUCGUCAAAGUUUUGCUACUGCAUUUAAAUGCUGCCCUGGACCCUUAUCGAGGAGUGGAAAAUCCAUGGCAUUAGUUAGUGAAACCUCUCAGGUUCGACAUCAGAAGAGGAUUGAUGCUACCUCCACUGCUCAAACAUCGCUUCGUGUUGUAUUUCAAAAGAAACCUCGCAUUUAG